UUACGUGAUUUUUUACUCAACAUCCCUGAAAAUAUUUGAAAAAUUAAACUUGCAAGAAAACGGAACAAAAGUUUGCACAGAUUUGAUUUGUAAUUUGGUAUUUUACGGCAAUUUUGCACUUUAUAAGUUUGGUCACAUUGCUGUUGAAAAUACAUCGCAUCGAUAUAUCGAUAUCGUCUGUCAUCGCUAAUGCAAGCCGAAGCCGUCAAAUUGCGCUAAUUUUGCGCAUAAAAUUUUCAAGUUCAGUAAGAAAAACUAUCAAAUUGCGAAUUAAUUAAGCCGUCUAAGGUAGCAGGCAGUCUACACAGCAGACGCAUCAGCAGAAGCAGCGUGUACAGCGUAGGUAGAAGCAGAGGCAGAAAGGAGACACCGCAAUAGAUUUCGAUUUCACAAAAGCGAGAAGCGAGCAGCGAGAAUCGGUAAGAACGUCGCGCGCAAAAGAAGAAAACAGUUGAAAAACACAAGAUGUCCGGCAUUGCUAUAACACGUUUGGGUGAGGAGCGCAAGGCCUGGCGUAAGGAUCAUCCAUUUGGCUUCGUUGCACGCCCGGCCAAAAAUCCUGACGGCACAUUGAAUUUGAUGAUCUGGGAAUGCGCGAUUCCCGGCAAGAAGACUACACCCUGGGAGGGUGGCCUCUACAAGCUGCGUAUGAUCUUCAAGGAUGAUUAUCCAACGUCGCCGCCCAAAUGCAAAUUUGAACCGCCGCUAUUCCAUCCGAAUGUGUAUCCAUCGGGCACUGUUUGCCUGUCGCUGCUCGACGAGGAGAAGGACUGGCGUCCGGCCAUAACAAUCAAACAGAUUCUGCUUGGCAUUCAGGAUCUGCUCAAUGAGCCCAAUAUCAAGGAUCCCGCUCAAGCAGAGGCCUACACCAUUUACUGUCAGAAUCGCUUGGAGUACGAGAAGCGCGUCCGAGCCCAGGCUCGCGCCAUGGCAGCCACCGAAUAAGAGGACUAAGAAACUAGCAAGCAACAAAUAUAUCCUUACUCUCCGUGAAAGCACAUUAAGCAGCCACAUAAUAAACGAUACAGCAGGGCAGACAGGCAGAGAAGAAGUGAUCAUCCACACACAAAACACAACAAAACAAAACAAACUUUUAGGAGCGAGAAGCGUUUUCGUGAAUGCUUCGUCUUAAUUAUGAAUAUAUUAAUAAUUCAUAAGUUGAUGUCAAAUGUAAAACGAUAAAUAUUAACAAUUCGGUUUGCACCAAUUUAUAAAUUAUACACAUAUGCAUACAUAUAAAUUACGAUACAAUUACAAUUAAAUCAUAUAGAUUUUCUUACUCUUGUUUUUUCAGAGCACUGUUAGUUUCCAAUUAUAAGUGUAUCAAUAAAUAUAUAAAUGUGGUAAAUGUA